AUGCCCAGCAGUGAGCUCGUGGUUUUUGUGGUGGCUAUGGAGGUGCUCAACGCAGCAGGCUCAGAGUUGUUCCGCGGCGGCGAUUCACAAGCGGUGGAGAAGGCAAGGCCAUGGCUGCUGCGGGGGAGAGAGCAUGAGAGGACGAGGGCAUGGCGGCUGCGGGCGGAAGCAGCAUGGGUUGAAGGAGCGGCGGAUGUGGGCAGGGUCAUAGGUUGGGGAACACUCGUCGGCUGGGCGACAGCAAGCGCCGGUGAGUGCAAGCAUGCGUUUCCAGAAGCGUCCUCUCCUACAAGGCAGGCAAGGACGACGUCGUCGCCCUCGCAGGUUCUACGAUCUGUUGCAUAUCUUUUCUUCUCGUUAAGGAGAGGGGAGGCGGCCAAUGACAGGGAGAAGGAGCAGGUCGUCGAGGAGUGCAAGCAGAAGGUUUCCGGUGACUGGAAGUCCGAAACUGAUGACAGGGCAUAUUGUUUUGGUUAUGAGUGGUUGGAGAUAUUGUGGCUUGAUGUCCCUGGAGCAGUCAGACCCUUCCAAGAUAGGUCGAGCGACGGUGAGCACAUCCGACGCCAACACACCAAGAAGCAGGAGCAAAACGAAAGUGAGCACCAUAGAAAGGAUGAUUAUAAGCAAGCGACAAGAACAAGCCAAUGGGCAUGGCAUUUUCAAGCGUCAAGAACAAGCCGACGGGCAUGGCAUUUUAUGCAAAAUGAGCAGAGGUUUUUGUGGUCGUGUCAUACACCAAUUACCGUCGAGAUGGGUAAUGGUAUGGGAAUGGGGCUCCAAGGAUGUGAAAAUGGUCGGGAAGACAGAGUUAGCAGCGACAUGUGUCCUCAAGUAAUUUCUUGCCAAAGGUGAUGUCAAGGUUAGCUACUGUGAUCAAGGAAAUAACAUGUAUCUGUGUGGUUUGUUCUUGCUGUUGAUCGGCCGUUGCUGUGUUUAAGUAGAAAGGAAAUAGAAGAGAAUUCUCUGUCUAAGAGGGAUGGCAUUGAUUUAAAGAAAGAGACUUACCUUCGGAAAUCAUAUUGCACUUAUCUACAAGAUUUGGGGAUGCGGCUCAAAGUGUAAGAUAUUUUAUGUCCUUCUAUGCAUUUAUCGAUAUUGUAGCCUGUUGGUGACUGUCCCUUACUUAUCCAAAAACAUUGAGUUCUGCUACUUACCCAACCAGAUGUUAAAUAUUUCAAAAUGCAUCUUUAUAUUGUCAUUGUAUCGUAAUUGCUUCUCCUGAUGUGUUUUUGUUUUACACCAGCAUAUAUUUGGUCCAGAGAUAUUCAAUUGUUUGUCUGAUAAGAUAAUAUUUUACUUCUUUAUGGAGCACUCUUAUGGCAAGCACAUUUUUCUGGAUGAACUGCUGGUUGGUUUUUUCUCCAUAAAUACGAUAAAUUAUCAUAUCAUAUGAAAUGUUAAGAUAUACUGAAAAUAUGCCCUGUAUGAUGGUGGUCUGGCAUUUUAGAAUUGUUUUGGGCAAUUCAUGUUUGUAUGCAUUUUUUCUUUUGGCCCUUGAAGGCAUCUUUAAUAGUUUGCAAUUGCGAUAGAAAUUGUUGUGCUCGUAUCUUUAGUUUUUAUUACAAUUGGUCGAGCUACAACGAGUGCGUCUGAUUCCAACUCAUCAAGGUGAGCUCCCUUUUUUAUUCUUCUCAGGUAAUGAGGCGUCAGUGUAGGCCCAAUCUUUUUGUUUGUUGCUUUGAAGAGUGUUGUCAUGUUGUGGAAAGGCAACAUGUGCUUGAUAUGUGGAGUUGGUGUUGAGCCUGGCGGUAGUAGACAGGGAAGGCACCCAUCUCACUUGAUCUUGAGAGUUGAUUCAUAUCUUUUUUUCUUGACCUGAUUGAGUUCCUGUAUAUGCAAGGAUAAAGAAGAAGGGGCAUUGUCGUGGUUGUUGCUUAAGGUGUUGGUCAGGAGCUGAUUGUCGGGACUGAUGACAAGAACGGAGAGCAGGAUGAGUAUGUCAACAUGAUGUUCCUUGAUGUUGGCCUUCUUUUAUAAAGUUCACAUGCAACUCUCCUCCAUGGUUAGAAAAAACUAAUUUAAAUGUUUUGUUUCUUUGGUGGUUACUCACUUCUCUUACCGUUGUUGUAUCAAAACAAUUGUAUUUUCGUUGAUAGCCACUUGGGCUCAUUUUCGAGGAGAAUGAGAUGUGGAAUAAACUACUCUAAAAUGGUUGGUUCCCUUCAAACAGUUUAUUAGCUAACUAA